GUUCGUUUUAGGUAAUCGUUUACGCGGACCCCUGGGGAAUCGCCUGCCGCAGUGGCUCCCUACUCGCGUGAGUUACGAAAACAAAAUAAAAACAAUAAAUUAGCUGAUAGUAAGUAGGUACAUAUUAAUAUUAUUAUUAUUAUCAUUUUUUUAUGAUGGUCACAUGUCAUAAUAUUAUAUUGCGCAACGUUGUCGCCGCGGUUGAUGUGUUUACAGGUUUCCGUCAUGACGAUAUCACAGUCCAAAGAAGACCUCAUCGGCUCCAAAGAGCAGCUGCGCGGAGAUCGGAAAUCGUUCGUUUUGCCGCCCGACUAUGUGUUGUCGCCCACCGAGAAAAAGUUCCUGUUACUCGCCGAGCGAGGAGACUGCGCGUCCGUUCAAAGGUAACCAAAUAAAUUAUAUUUGGAAUACGAAAUACAAGUACUCCGGUGCCUGCACAAUAUUAUAAUAUUCGUGUAAACCUAUAUAAGCCAAAAAGCGCGAUUUAUUUCGGUCGAGUUCUUAAUUUUAGUAACUGGCCGCGGUUAUAGAUAAGUUGUAAAUUAAUAUUAGUCGGAGGUUACUUUCUAUCGUAGCAUUAUUAUUUAAUGUUUCAUACGGUGUAGGUGCAUUGUUUUAGUCGAAUAUUUAAAAUAUUAUUCCCAAUCAAUAUAGUUGAAUUUAGUUAAUCGUUAACGUAUGGUCAAGAUACAUAAUUUAAGAUUUUUUUGAAAUUUCGGGUGGAGGGAAGACACUGCAGUCCCCUGCACCUCCUUUAGAUACCCCACUAUGUUUAUGUAGAUUUUUAGAUUCUAAGUGGAACGAGGAAUGUAUUGGUUUUACGAUCAUGUUUCUUUUUUUUUUUUUAUGUGAACAUUUUUUCUACCAAAGAGCAUACUUCGAUUAUCAAGUAUAGCACAUUUUCCAAAAGUAAAUGUUCUCUGGGUGGUACUUGUUUUUAUUAUUUUAAUCUUUUUUAAACAAUUAUUGUUGUCAUGGAAACUCACAUUGCUGUAAUCAUUUACCAUAAUAUGACAUACAUAUAUAUUGUUGACAAAGCAACACUAUCAACUGAACUUCGCUCGGACUAACUAACUUCGUUAGCAAUGGUUUAUCGUUCCUAACAGAAAUACAUUAAAUUCCCGAUUGUAACCUACAUUAUCAACUUUCCACCUACAACAGUGACUGCACCCACGUGCGAAGUAUGUCCGUCCUUUUUUUUUUUUCGUUUCCAUGCAUAUAGCAAGAUAUACAUGUCGAUAUAAAAGGUUGAUAUUUUAGGCAUGCCCAUUUUGUAUUGUAAAUUCAUUUUUUUGAAUUUUUAAAUGUAUAUUAUACAGACAGUAUUUUGGCAUACUUAUAUUUUUCAUAGAAUUUAAUUAGUAUCCUGUAAUCUUUACUUUAAUCUUUUUUAAUGAAAACCUACCUACAUGUUUUCUGCAAAUUAUCAAUCAGAUAAUUUUUCUGAAAAUGAUGAAAUGUAAUCGAUAUUUGAUCGAAACUUCCUGAGUUAUUCUGCUUUAAAUACUGAGGAUCAGUGGUGCCGAACUAAUUUUUUGUAUGUGUGGUAAUAAACAUUAAUUUAUACCCUCCUACCUCUACAUGGUAUAAAACCUAAGUUAUGGGGGAAUAGCCCUCCACACCUACUACCAAUAUCUUAAACUAUAAAAUAUUGUUUUUACAAAUUAUAUUAUGUACUGAAUAAUGUUUGCAUUUUUGCAUCAUUUAAUAUUUUAAUGCAUACAUAGGUACUUUAAUUUUUAAUUAGCAUAAAAAUUAUUUAUACAGUCAUUGAAGACCGAUGUUGACAUUUAACAUACACAGGAGUAUACAGUAGAAUCCGCUUAUUGGGGACACCACAUAUAGGGAACAACUGCUUAAUGGAGACCAAUUGGCAUAGUCCCGAACGAAUGUAUUCGUUUCAAGUGAUUUAAUUUCGUUUGUUAGGGACAAACCAUCGGUUAUAAGGGGUAUAUUUAUAAAUACCUACGUUUUUUAUCAAAACUGUUUUUAUCCAAUCUGUAUGUUUCUAUAAACUUUAUAGUUUUGUAUUAUUUUAUUUUUUUUUCAUCAUUUAUUUUUCUCCUAUUAGCACGUAGGUAUUCCUCAAAGAUAAGAAUCGACCAGACGUGGAUCCAGAGCAAAGAUCUGAGGAGAACCCAACUAUUUUUUUACAACACAGAUACAUUUAAAAUAUAAUAUAAUACAUUAAAUACAUUAUGCAUAUUAUUUUCUCAUGCAAUUCUCAUACAAAAAUCUGGAUCUGAGACGACUAGCCUACGUAUAAAAUUACUUCAUCAAUAAGUUUUAGUUCACGUUUAUUCGGUUCUGUGUAUUAACGUACGUUUUUAUUAGUCCCGUCUCAAACGCUCGUAACGUUGAUUGGUAAAAUUUCUAUACUGGAUAAAAUAAAAACUCAACUUCAUUGAAAAAAUUAGUCGGUUUAUCAAUUAAUUUAUAAUAAAUGUGUUAAUAAAUAAAUCAAUUAAUUAAUUAAUAUUACUAUUACUGUUUAAUAAUACUAUUCUUAAUACUUUAAAAAAAAAGGUAUUAUGUAUGUAUACAUACUUAAAUAUUUUAUUUUAUUUUUUUUUUUUUUCAUUAAUUCGGCUACUUGGGACAGUUGGAUAAUAAGGACGAAUAAGUUACCGACCGAUAUGUUCCUAUUAAGCGUAUUCUACUGUAUUGGUUUUAUUAUGAUGCGUGUUUUUGUAUUAUAAUUUUUUUUUUUUUAUGCCUGUGAACAACUUUUCUUCCAGAAAUCUUGCUCCGAUGUGUAUAACACAGAGUGUAACACUUUUUCUGAAAGGUAAUUUUGUCUAGUUGGCACAUUAAAGAUGUCUAUUUUUGAUUUUUUAAGGGGUUUUCAAAAUAAUUAGGAAAACCUUAAAGAAAAUUAUAGUUAAAACGACAAAUAUUUACAUAGCGCCAUGACGUUAGGUUAGGUUAUAGGUUAAAUUUUAUUAUUUUAUAUUUGUAUACAUGCUAUUUUGUAUCAGAAUUAUUGCUCCAAUCGGAAAAUUAUGAGAAAACGAUUUUGUUCCUUUUAAUACAGCUAUUAAAAAGGAAAGUCGUUUUUUAUUAUAUAAAAUAUGUUUGAUAAUAAUUCAAAACAACCAAAAAAGACGAUUUUUUUUUCAAAUUACUGCUCAACGAUUUCAUUAUUUUAAAUGUUUAAGACUUAUUUUUUUUGCUAUAAAUAUUUUUUUUAUUGAAUUCUUAAUUUGGUUGGUGAGUUAGAAAGUCAUUUUUUGAUUUUCCUUAUAGGUUUUUUAAUAAUUGAGUAAAACCGAAAAAAAAAAACGUAGAAAGGGCGAACAAUUUACGAAAAUAAUGAUUUUAUUAUUUUAAAUUUUGUUCUUUAAUGCAAUUAAAUCAUAGUAAAAUUUUAAAAAUAUUUGAGCCAUUUUUAAGCUAUAAAUGAGCUAAUAAUAAUUAUAAUUUUGGGAGUUUUUCAUGUAAUUUUUAUUCGGUAAGUAUUAUUUUAAUGAAAUUGCUAGAUCAAACAGAAAUGCUUGAAAAUUCAAUAGGAGGUUCAUUAUAAAUUGUAAUUAAUAGUUAAUUAACAAGAAAAUAUUGAAUUUAAUGUAGUAUUUUUUUUUCAGUAAGGUUUUAAAUAUCAAAUUUUGACGAAAAUCGUAAACAUUACCUACGACCUUUUAAACCAUGUAUAACUGAACUUUUCUCAGAGUAGUUUUUGUUAAUUAAUCGUUACGUACAGAUACAUAUUAAAUUCUUCUUUCUAUCUUACCCUCCCAACUACUCAACUAUAACUGUAACCUACCCAUCUUGCGAAGUAUGUCCGUAUUUUUCAAUAAAAAUAUAAUAAUAUGGUCAUUGUUUUUCGUUUGAUUAGCAUAAUAUAUUUUAUCUUCUAAAUGUAUACAAAGUUAUAUUAUUCUUUUACUACAAAAUUAUAUAAUCUCAGAUAUUAAAACCAAAAAUAGUUAAACAAUAACAAUAUUAUCGUGUAAAUGUUUUUACUGUAUACGAGUAUAACCUUGGUGUAGCCUAAAUGUAGACGCUUUUGUAAAUUUAGAAAUUUAUUAGCGACUAUUUAUCGUAAAACUAACGGUUAUAGUUAAAAUUAAAUAUUUGUCUGCUUUUACUAUAAUGCAAUCACUUAGUACACGCUACGGCAGUCUAAGAAUGGACUAGUUCGCGUUAUUUGUUAUGCUCCUUGUAUUAUUUGUAAAAUGUACAAUGUUUUAUUCUAAACUACCAAUGCUAGAUGGUAUAUCCACCCCUUAAAUUAGAUGUGGCAGGCGCCACUGCAUUAAGGAUAAUAGUAUUUUAUGGGGAUUGGAUACCGACAAUUUACUAAGAGUCGUGCAUAGACAAUUUCUUAUUUUGAAUCGAGCAGUUAUCAAAAACCGAUUUUAUGAUAUUGUCCUUAGUAUUUAAAGAAGAAUAACUCAAAAACUUUUUAUUAAAAUUUCGAUUAGAAUACCUUGACAUUUUCAGAAAAAUCACUUGACGAUUUGUAUUACAACAUAUAGGUUCUCAGUUGAAAAAUUAAAGUAGCUAUUUAACUUUGAUUUUUAACUAAAAAAUUACAUAUUAAAAUGUUGUGAAAACUCUCAGUAUUCGAAAAUAUCGUCUUUCACUACACAAACGAGUAUAAAUAUAGUGGCUAAUCUCAUCAGAAUUUCACUGAUUUAUUCCGAUUUUUAGGGAGUAAAAGUGCUUAUAUUAUGCAACCAGUGAUAUAAUAAUGCAUAUAACUUAUAUGUACCACUGAUAUUUAACAGACUAAGUAGGUAUGUAUAGGUAAUACCACAUUAUAUAUUAGGUUUACAAUUUUGAAUUUGUUUUACUUCGAUGAGCUGUAUAAUGUAUGAUUAAAUGAUUAAAAGUUUGUGCGUGCAAAAAUAAGUAUCUGCAGACGUACUCGUACAUAAUUUAUAUUAUAUUAUAUAUUAUGAUUACGAAACUAAUUAACUCAGAGUUCCAUUUUACAAUACAUUUUGGUGUUAUAAUUAAGAAUUUGAACGAUUUCAAAUAACAUGUGUUUUAAAAAUCCGAUUUAGAUAUUAGAAAACAAACAAAAAAUUAAAUAAAAAACUAAAACCAAAAUAAUAACGUACAGGUUGUUGGACGAACACAAAGGUCAGCCGGAUAUACUCAACAUCAACUGCACGGACCCGUUGAACAGAUCGGCAUUGAUAACAGCUAUAGAAAAUGAAAACAUGGACUUAAUACAAUUGUUGCUCAAAGCCGGGAUCAUGGUGAAAGACGCGUUGCUACACGCCAUCAAGGAAGAAUACGUGGAAGCGGUGGAAUUGUUACUUGAAUGGGAGGAAAAAAUACACGUCAUCGGUGAACCAUACGUGAGUCCGUAUCAUACUUAACCUAACCUAAUUUAACUUAACCAGGUGUCGGGAACAAAUUUACCUCUGUGGUUCUCAACUAUUUACCGAACCAAUAUGGUAUAUUAGAAACACGGACAAUUUAAUACAUAUAUUUUGAUAAAAUUGUCUUCUGAAAAAAAAUAUAAAUACGUAUACGUAUAAUGCGAUAUACACACUGCUGGUUGAGAGUCACUGGUAUAUAUUUAAUAACAGGAAACUAACGGACACCAGUUAAUCCAACAUUUUUUUUCCUCAUAUUAUAGUCGUGGGAAGCGGUGGAAUCGUCGGCUUCGACCUUUACGCCCGACAUAACGCCACUAACGCUGGCGGCUCACAUGAACAACUAUGAAAUAUUAAAAAUUCUUUUGGACAGAGGCGCCACUUUACCUAUGCCUCACGACGUCAGGUUCGUCUUACUCGUAUAAAGUUAAUAUAUUAUGUAUAUUUACUGCAGCGACCGAUUAAUAUUCAUCGAGUAAAAUAAUAGUAAUAACAAUAAAAAAUAAUAUUAUUAUUAUUAAAUUACACCACGUGGUGCGACGAAGUAGUAGGAAUCUAUAAUGUCCAAAACCGAUAGAAUCAAAUAAUCAUAAUAAAACAUAAUAUAAUGUUAAAUGCAAAUAGGUAGACGUGUGACCUACUGCAGUUAUAAGUGUAGACAGUAAUGAAACGAUCGCAUGUCCUUCUACACAACUAUUUACAGCUCAUAGUGGAUUUUUUUUAAUAGUAAUUUUGAAUUUGUUAUAGAUGAAUUAUAAUAGUAUUAUGGUUUAUUUUUACUAUAAUAUUAUUAAUAUUACUUGAUCGCGGUUUAAAAGUCAUAGGCUGUGUUAAUAAUAUUUUACUAGUACGGGUGUGUUGAUUUCAAAAGUACUAUUGUAUUUAUUUUGUAUCGUUAUUGUGUAAACAUAGGUUUAAUGGUGAACGAAUUUAAUGAAUAAAUACGAAAACGAUCCAACUAUACCUACGCGUUUUCCGACGUUUCACCUUACAGAUAAUAAAUUACUAAGUGUUUAAGAGGUACCUAAAUACUUUUAUGUAUACUGAAUUAGUGUCGGAGUCACGAGUCGUUUGAAAAUUUAUAUUUAAGAUCGUUAGGUAAUGGUAGCUGUCUUUUAAAAUUAAAAGCUAUCCAGCCUUUAUUCAAACUGGAAAUGACCACCCACCCAUUAAUAAGUUACUUAUUGUCGCUGAUACAGCAACAACGCCUACCUAUUUCAAAAUUGUACAAGAUGAGGUAUUUUUUGAUAUUGGUAAGUUAAUAUCGAAAUAAAAAUACCGACCUACCAAAAACAAAAAAAAAAAAAACGUGUUGUUAAAGUGAACUAUUAACUUAGUUCACUUUAUGUAUAAUUUCUAACCAAGUUAAUUUAGUUAGAAAUUAUACUGAAAGCCCCGUACUCUGUACGCCUACUCCGUACGCCAUUGGGUAUGAUGAUAUGAUAAUCAAUAGGGAUCGGAACUUAUUGCACUUAAAUUCUACAAAAAACCACUUAAAAACGUCAAAAAAGCUCUGAAAAAAGAAAUUGAAAAAUAUUUAAAAAAACCAAAAACGGUAGAAGAGUUUAAAUUUCCCCCCUUUAAUGGUUUUAACUUAUCUAAUACAAUUUUCGAACACUACAAAACUAAGUUGACCCAGAGUUAUUUUUUUUUUUUUUAAAUACGUACAAUUUGAUUCAAACAAAAUAUUUUUUUAAUAAUUUGUGUCGUGUUAGAAAAUUAUAUUUAAUAAUUUAAAGUCGUUAAACAGAGAACAUUUAAACUCUUUUACCAUUUAAUCUAAUAAUAUUUGUUUAAAGUGUUUCAAGGCUUUUUUAACGUUUUUAAGAACUUUUUUGUGAAUUUUAAGUGCAAUAAGUCCCGAGUCAUAAAUUAAUCACCAUUAAGUUACAAUAGUGAUACAAUUAUAUUUAAUUCAAUAAUAAUUGAGGCCUUCACUUUAAUAACGAACUAACAAAUAAAGCCAAUAAUUUUCCAUGGUUUUUUUUUUUAAAGAAAGAAAUUGAAGUUCACUUUUUCACAGUUUCAAGUUCACAGUUUUCUUCAAAAAAUUGUGGAAAGGUAGAAAAUGAGAUAGGAUUAGUCUUUCAUUGCAUUGAAAGCCUGAUACUUAAACCGUUUAUAAUAAAUAUGCAUAGCGAUUUUCUUAAGCCGAUCUUAAUGAUUGAUAUUUUUUAAAUGGGCCAUUUAUCGGUCGGCAGUUAAAAGGUCUAAUAAACAAUUUUAGUUUUUUUUUUUUUGUUAAGCUGUUUAUGUUUAGGUCACACAUUUUCGAUUUUCGUUAUUAUUAAAUAUUAACAAUACUUGCAAAACCUACUAUUUUGUAUAAAAUUUGAAAACUCCCGCGCAUUUCAGGUGCGGCUGUGAUGAGUGUAUUACAUCCAACACACAUGACUCGUUGCGCCACUCCCAUUCGAGAAUAAAUGCCUACAAAGCGCUGUCUUCUCCGUCCCUUAUAGCUCUCUCGUCUAGAGACCCCCUGCUGACCGCUUUCGAGUUGAGCUGGGAACUCCGUAGACUCAGCACUAUGGAAUCCGAAUUCAGAAACGAAUAUAAUGUAAGUACACCUCAACGACACCAACCUACACAAUUAUUUCAUAUCAUAUUGGAACGCCAUAAUUCACAAUAUUUACUAAAUAAAGGUAAAAAAAUAAUUUUGGUAACCGGGAAAGAAGCCCGGCACUCUUCGCCCAAUCCACAAUCUUUUUCAGUUCUAAGACGAUAUCACAUAAUCCUUAUCGUGCCACUGUAUAUAUUGUCACAGGAAAGAAGAGCAUAAGUCAAUUUUUAUUUUUAUUUACAAAUUUGUUUUAUUUUAUUUUUUCUCCUUUAUUUUGUGAUUUAAAUGACGCAAGUGUAGGUAUAUUACUAUACUCUAACGCAUAUUAUACAGAAAAUUUAAAUAGCUCAAGUCACUAUGAUGUAAAUUUUGUUUGGCAAAAAAGGUAUAUUUAUUAUAGAGCAAUUUAGCCAUUUGGCGAAUUAAGCUAUUAAUUAUGCUAUUACACUAUUAUACUUGAAAUUAAAUUGACUUGUAUUUAAAACUAUACAAAAAUGAUAUAAACUCUUCUUCCACGGUCGUGUUAAGGGGGUAAAGUGGGUAUAAAUUUAUGGGGUGUUAAAUUGUAGAUUGAUAUCAAGUUUAGGUACCCGACAUGAUGAUUGUCCUAGGAUACCAAUGAUAAUUAACGAUACUACCUUCUUCCCUAGAACCAAAUAUAUAAUAUUCAUAUCAUACUGAUCGGACGUGUCUGUCAACAGGAAAUGAGGAAUACCGUUCAGACAUUUGCCACGUCGUUGUUGGAUCACGUAAGGACGUCGUACGAGCUGGAGAUAAUGUUAAAUCACAAUCCCAAAGGAGAUCCGUGGGAACCCGGUGAGAGGCUGACGCUAGAACGUUUGAAACUGGCUAUCAAAUACAAACAAAAAGCGGUAAUAUUACAUUAUAGUGUGUGGCUUAAGCGUAGGCUAUAACUUUAUUUUUGAUUAAUAUUACAUAGGUUUUAGAUAUUUUUUGUAAAAAAAAAAAAAAAAUAUUCUAAAAUAAUUAUUAAAUAAACCAUUAGGUUUGUUAGUUGCCGUUUGAUACAGGCGUUGGUCAAAAAUUAAUCACGAUCAAUCUUGAUACCCUAUACUUGUUUGACUGUAUAAAAUGUACACAAUUGUAAUAAUAUAUUUUAGUAGUAGAAAACGUAUUCGAACUAGUUAGACAGUUAGAAGUUGCUUUUCAGUAGAACUUAAAUGUUCGUAUUGGCGGUGAGGGGGAUUUAUUUCCCGAACACACACACACACACUUACAUAUGUAUAUUAUAAAAAUACAUAGAUUGUAUCGUAGGGGCCAGGGGUCUAAGCACCUUAACCUCACGAAUUUAAAAAUUAAAAUAGCAAAAUGUGAGCAAAAUACUAUAACAUAAUUAUUUGUUUAACAAGAAAAACACAUUUUAUUGUAUUUACGAUUACUACACACGUUAUACAAUUAAUAAUGGCAUUACCUAUGAGUAGGCCACUGUUUCGGGUGGUUUUAUCAUCUAUGGUUGUUUGAAAAAAAAAAAUUAAAAAUUAAAAUAUCAUAAAUAAUAUGAUAUAAUAUACAUUAUAAGUUUGCCAACACAGAGUUCGAAUUUCAGUAUUAAAAACACUAUGGAGUAAAAAAUUAGUAUUAAUAUUUAAAAAUUAUAUUUUCCCGUUCUAUGGCCAUUGUAUGCUAUCUAUAUUUUUGUAAUAACUUAUACCAUGCAGUAAAUAAAUUAACGUAGAUAAAUACAAUAAUAAUUAUAUGGAAUAUCAAAUUACUAAAUUAUACUAAUAAAGAAUAAAAUACAAAUGAAUGGCCAUAGCAGGGACACUGGACAAAAUAUAGACGGUGACUGAAUCCCAUGGUUUUAAUUUUGCGUACCGAACACUAAUUAUGCGUAAAUAGGACGUAGGCGACACUUUUAGUCAAAAUUAAAUUUUCAUAUCUAUACAUUUCAAAAAAGUUAGUUUUAUUAACAAUAAAAUGGCGUAAACGACAGUCGUUUAUACUUUAUUAUAAAUCUAACGGAUUAUUUUAUAAUAUUUAAUCAAAUUUACUUUAAUAAAAACGAAAAUACCGAAAGAAUUCCAACUCUUUGGUAGACGUGGGGGAGAUAUGGAAAAACAUGUUAGAAGUAGCGAUAGUUUAAAAUGUACCGAUAUAAGCAUAGAAAGAAAAACAUUAAAAUUAAUUUAAACACGACCGUGCUCAGUUGUUAACUUUUUAUUUAGAAUAAGUGCCAUAAAUUAUUAAAUAUUAUAAUUUAAGUAAAUUUUCAUGUAACAACUUAUUACAGAUCAACAUAGUAUACAAAGUUUAAAACUUUAUAAACUUUUUCAUAAAUAUUCAUCAAAAUAUUAAUUUGUUGAAACGGUAUUUUUUUAUUUGUUUUGUACGUUCCCGAACAAUAUUGUCAAAAUGUUACUUCCACUUUUUUACCUAUUAGCAAAGCUCCGUAUGUCCCAUGUGUUAUGAACACUUAUAUGUUAGUGGGUAUAGAAUUGUUAUAAAAUAGUUUUUUUUUUUUUUUUUGAAAAUCGAGUAUGCUCGUACUUAAAAAAAAAGUAAAAUAGAGAACGGAUUUUUAUUUUUGUUAUUUUAGAUAAUUAAUAUGAUUUUAGACAUACAUUUAUAAUGUUUUGAAAUUAUAUCUCAUCCCCUUCGACCCAAAAUCCUUGGCUGCGCCAUUGUAGACGAUUUGUUUUUAACACGUUGCGCGUCGUAUAGUUUACAAAGAUAAUUAAUUAUAAUUUAUACACACAUAAGGUACAUUAUCGUAAAUAUAAAUUGUAAAAAAAAAUGUGCUGAUACUUUAAACGGAUGCGGCCACUGUUGCAGGUGGUAGUUGGGAUGGUGGGAUAUAAAGUUAUUUGAUUUAUACCUGUUACCAAUAAUAAACCAUCAUUGCUAACGAAAAACGAUUCGGAGCGAUUUUCGAUUGUAAAUGUUUUGAAAGGCCGUAUAAUAUUUACAAUUUUCGUUAAAAUUUGAAUUUGAACUUAUACAAAAAACUAUAUUAAACUCUUUUAAACUAUUUUUUACCUUCAAAUAAAACUUAUAAUGAACCUCCUGUCCAAUUUUCAAGCCUCUCUGUUUAAUGUAACAACUUUAUCAACAGAGUACCUACCAAAUAAAAAUUACGUAAAAAACUUGCAAAAUUAAAAUGUCUCUAAAUAAUUUAAAAAUAGCUAAAAUAAAAAUUUGAAAAUUUGACCACGUCUAGAAAAUACAAAAAUUGGUUUUCUACAAAAUAUCUUUAACUGAAUUACAUUAAAAAAACAAAAUUUAAAAUAAUAAUAAAUAAAUAAAAGAAUUAUUUUCGUAAAUUUUCUUGUUCUUUCUACGGAUUUUUCGAUUUUACACAUUCAUUAAAAAAACGACUAUCUUGGUUACCAACUAGGUUAACAAUGCGUCUUGUUAUUUUCUACUGAAGAAACAUUUUUUUUAAAAACAUCAAUCGUAAAAAUGUAUAAUAAAGGAACCUUAGCGCCGUAAAUUUAUCAGUUUUCAUUUUUCGUAAUUUUCCGGGUUUUCUCAAUUGUUACAAAAACUACCACAAACAAAUGACUUACUCGCAAAUAAGAUUAAAUAUGGAACAAGAGAGGUCUAUUGUUAUUAAGAAAGCAUAAGCCGUAAAAUUUAAAAUAAUUAAAUCGUUGACGGAAUUUAAAAAAAAAAAUCGUAUUUUUUGAUUUUUUCCAGUUAUUAUGAAAAUUGCUUUAGAUAAUAUAAAAAAAAAUAAAAAAUGACCCUCUCUGUCAAUGGCCAUGUGUAUAUUCAAAGGGAAAAAAUCGAUCACAAAAUAAUUCAAAAAUCGGUCGCUAUUCGAUUAGAAUAUUUUUAGUAUAAAACAUCGUGAACAAAAAUCAUUCGAAUCAUAAAGUAAUCAUUUUUGUACAAUUUUAGAGCGUAGCGAGGAAUCCAUUGAAUUAACAAUAAUGUGUUCUUUUUUUUUUAUCAGUAAAUAAUUUUUCUGCCAGAAAAAUUGCUCCGAUCAAAAUAUAACAAGAGUUAUUUUUUAUUAUAUUUUAUGUCUAGUUGGUGUAUUUAGGUGGGUAUUUUUACCAAGUUUACCAAGUCUUCCAAGUGGUUUUCAUAGUAAUUGUGAAAAACCGGAAAAUACAUAUAGGGAAGAGGAACAAACGUAUAUUUUCGGCGUUAACAUUUCAAUAUUUUAAAUGUUUAUGAUUUUUGUUUGUUAAAAGUACUUUUGUUUUAAAUUUCAAAAAGCAGCAAUUUUAAUAAAAGAAAAACAAAAGAAAAUUUUGUCUAGUUGGCGCAUAAAAAGGUCAUUUGUUGAUGUUUAUUGUAAAUCUUAUUAAUUGGGAAAAAACGUAGGAAAAACGAGAAAGUUAACGAUAUAAACGGUUUCUUUUUUUUUUUUUUGGUUAGCUUUUUCAUUGUCUUUCAAUUUUAAUACUUAUAUUAGUGCCUUUUCUAAGUGAUACCUAACAUUUUCAAAACAUUCCGGCGAUUUUUGACCUAUUUAUAAUCGUUUGAUACUUUCUAGUUUUUCAUUUUUUAUUUGGUAAGUAUUAUGUGAAUAUAAUUGUUUGACCUAACAGAAAUACUUGAUAUUUUAACACGAGAUUCAUUAUAAGUUGUACUUAGUGGUCAAUGAGAAACAUUUGAGUUUAAUGUAGUAUUUUUUUUUUUGUUUAUAAGAAUUUCAAUAUCAAAUAUUUGCGAAAAUGGUACAAAUUACGGCUUUUUAAAAAAAUGUAUAACCGAACAUUGGCCAGAAUCGUUUUUCGUUAACGGACAUAGUUUAUAAACUAAAUAAAAAAUGUAUGUAUCCUAUUUUCCCAACUUACAAUUAUUGUUUCAAAAUUUUAGUUUGUAGCGCACCCAAACGUUCAGCAAUUGUUGGCCGCCAUCUGGUACGACGGUUUACCGGGUUUUCGUCGGAAAAGUAUGGUCGGGCAAAUGAUCGAAGUCGGCAAACUCGGGGCGAUGUUUCCGAUGUACGGUUCGAUGUACAUGUUAAAUCCAGAUUCGAAAAUGGGACAGCUAAUGAAGAAACCUUUUAUCAAAUUUGUUUGCCAUUCAUCAUCGUACGCGUUUUUUUUAAGUACGUGACUAUAUCGAGAAGCGUUUACUUCUACGUUUUAACACGUCACGCUGAUAAUAUGGUUGUAUUGUUAUCGUUAUUUUUUUUUUUUUUGUAUUACAGCAUUACUGGCACUGGCGUCUCAGAGAGCCGAGUUUUUAGCACUGGAAUGGAUCGAUACCGAAUGGACCAGAUCGAUAUUAGAGGAAAUGACUAGAAAAGAAAGGGGAUCCAUACCCGGGCCUAUAGAAGCCGGGAUCAUAUUAUACAUCAUAAGUAAGUAAUGAUUCCCUACCACGAACACAGACCAUAGAAUAUAGCGCAUACAUCUAUAAUGAAAGACAUUAUAUUACAUUAUAUUAUUAUAUUAUAUUGGUCCUUUAUGAUUUUAAACACGUAAUAUACAUAAAAAAAUUACUCGAGUGCCCUAUACUACAAUCCGUAUAAAAUCCGCAGGUUUAAUAUGGCGAGAAGCGCAUUCGCUGUACUCCGACGGUCUGGUAGAAUACAUAGCCGACUUGUGGAAUAUAGUGGACUUCAUAACGAACGUGUUUUAUAUGGUGUGGAUAAGUUUGCGGGUUUCGUCCUGGUACAUAGUUCAGGUCAGUUAGUCGGCUAAUUUAAUUAUGUAUCUAUAUUGUGUAGAUAGAUAUAUUAUGUUUUAAAACCGGUAAGACACUUUGGUUAUUUGUUUCGCCUAAUGGUUUUCGCACCGAAAACAUAACUAUUACCUGCUAUAAUAAUAUAGGUAUAGGUAGAAUUAUUUAAAGUUUAUCUCCGCGGUCAGUUCUAUGUUGCGUUUAUUAAACCUAAACUAGGUAGGUACCUGAAGUAAAGAAAUAUAUAUAUAUAUAUAUAUAUAGGUAUAGUUAUCACAUAUUAUAACAGCGUUAUUAUUUAUUGUUCCGUGUUCUAAAAUACUUUCUAGAAAUGUUGACGUUCUAUUGAGUAGGUGGGCAUAAGCGCGUAUAAAAAUGAGGGGUGCUUAGGGGUGCUAAUCAGUGAAAAUAUUGCACAAUUCAUGAACUGUAGAUUGUGGUUUUGAUUAAAAUGUUUUAAUUUAAAAUGGUUUUGAUAAUUUGAUUUACUCGCUUUAGGAAUACAAAUAUUAUUUAUUUUAAAUUUGAGUUUAAAAUAAUUUUUUGUUUAUCCAAAUUUGUUUGAUUAAUCGACGAUAAAAUAGGAGUACUCAUGCGCAUAUACAAAUCCUGCUAACCACUGAUAACCUUAAGGUACAGGUAAGUACCUAGAUAUAUUAAAUACAAUUUUGUUCAAUAAAUAAAUUGAAUAAAGAGUACUAGUAAAAUUAUUAAAUUAAUCGGUACCUAUUUAAUAGCAUUGUGGUGAAGGUGUGGCUGUUUUGUGCCGCACUGAUUUACUGAUGUACGAUAAAUUAUUCUAAGUCUAACACCUACUAACUUCUUACUCGCUUAAUGUGUGUCUAUAUAGAUAAGCAGUGGUGUAACCAGGAUUUAUCAAUGUUUACAACCUUCUUAACCUUACCAGAAAAAAAAAAACAAAAAAACAAAAACAAUAGGGUGCUCAACACCCCUUCCUUAGUUACGCCACUUUAGGUAGGUAUCGAAUAUCCAGCCAAUAGGUUAACAUAAAUAAUAAAAAAGAUAGGUAAAUAACACACAAUUUGUUAUAUACGAUAUUGUAUACCUACUUAUACCAAAAAGUAAUACAAGAUUGCCAAUGUCAUAGGUAGGUACCUACAUAGAUAUUAAGCGUUAUUGAUGGUGAGAAGAGAGAUUUAUGGAGAUUAUUUAGGGGAGGAAGGGUAAAUAAUGGCCGAGAAAGAGGAAUAACCCUAAAAUGUUAAGGGGUAGGAGUUACGUCGAUUACCAUUUGAUUAGUCAUGGCAAAAAUGCAAAGGUCACUAAAAUAUUAUUAAAAAAUUAAAAUAUGGCAGAGGUAAACAAGUCGUCGACCAAUUGAUAAUUGGAUAAAAUGCAAUAGUGUCAGCAGUACGAUGCAGAUAAAAUACUUUAUCUAAAUCGUGAUUAGCAGUUAUCUAGUUUGCAGUGUUGGCACUGAUGUUAUAUCCUAUAAUUUCAAUAACGAUAGGUGGUCACAUUGGAUGAUUGUGAUACAACCUCUCUGAUUACAUCGUUCUUAUCAAUAACCCGCCACAGUGUAUACGUCCGUUAAUGCUCUUCUUAUCAGACUGUUAUCACUGUAUAAUUUGGAUCCAAACAAUUUAAUAUGGUAGGUACCAUUGAAAGCACACAUGAUAUAUUUUUAAACACUUAUAUUAAAAUAUGAGUAGUUAUAAACCAUGAUUUGACUAUUAUUAAUAAGGAAUACUCAUAUGAAAUUUUUUGCAAUAAAAUAAACUCAUAAGUACUAUAAUACCUAAGGUAUAUUUUUAAUCGUGGUUACCUUGCAUCACAUAAUAUGUUUUAUUUGUUUACAUCAAAUCGUAUUUGAUAAGGAUUGUUAUUAGAUAAUAUGACGUCACACUAAUCGCGCGUAUUAUCAAGUUUGCGAAAGAACUGUGUUUAUGUCGGCGCCGUGCCAUCCCGCGUAACACCGAGUGUUCUAAUUUAAACGUUAACACAGUGUACUAUGAAGCAAAUGUACUGAAAACUGACCAUAAUGUUUUCUAUGUGCAAACAAACUCGUAUACCGACGUCCGUAGAGCAUGCUAUUUAUUGUUACUUCUUCAACCGCGUCGAAAAAUGUCUUGUGGUUGCCGGUGUCAACAUUCUCCGCGUCUACAGGCUAGUCCCAACCGACACGACAUGUCAGCCGCCCAAAACCAAGUUUGAAUGCCUGGCUCAGUACACUUUGUUCGGUAAUAUCAUGUGCUUACAGUCUGUUACUUUGUGUCAGAAUUCGCCCGAAGCUUUGUUACUCAGCUUCUCUGAAGCCAAGUUCAGUUUGGUCGAGUACGAUCGUGAUAAUCACAAUCUACGUACGUUAUCGUUGCAUUAUUUCGAAGACGAUAAAUUUAAAGACGGUACCACCCAACAUUGGAUACCUCCUUUGAUCAGAGUAGAUCCAGAUGGUCGAUGUGUGGUCGGUCUGGUUUAUGGACGUUAUUUCGUCGUUCUACCGUUUGGUCGUACAAUUGACGAUCACGGUAAAAGUGCUCAAGUCAUGCCUAGCUAUACAGUACCGAUUAAAACGAUAGAUCCCAAGAUGAAUAAUAUUCUAGAUUUCGAUUUCUUACAUGGAUAUUAUGAACCAACGUUAUUAAUUCUAUUUGAACCGGUUCAAACUUCUUCUGGACGUAUAGUUGUUAGGAAGGAUACAUGCGCAAUGGUAAGUGUCACUUUAAUUAUAUGUCGGUACUUAUUACAAUCCUGAUAUGAUUCUUAACAAUUGUUUUUUUUAUUUUUCAUAUGUAUUUAUAGGUAGCUAUUUCAUUAAAUAUUCAACAACAUGUACAUCCAGUCAUUUGGUCAUUGGAUUCGCUUCCAUACGAUUGUCAAAAGGUCAUUCCGGUGUGUCGUCCAAUUGGCGGUGUUCUGAUUAUGGCAGUAAAUUCGCUCAUAUAUCUCAAUCAAAGUGUACCUCCAUUCGGUGUUGCACUUAAUUCCAUAACCAAAACAAUGACCAACUUUCCUUUAGGACAACAAGAAGACGUUAAUCUCGUUUUAGACCGUGCUACUGCCACUUUCAUAGCUAGUAAUAAACUAGUGACAUCGUUGUGUAACGGUGAUCUCUAUGUAAUUACACUGUACGCUGAUAGUAUGCGUGCAGUUAGAAGUUUUCAUUUUGAAAAAUGUGCUUCUAGUGUAUUAACUACAUGCAUAACAGUAUGCUUGGAUUCUUAUUUGUUUCUGGGUUCAAGACUUGGUAAUUCUCUACUUUUGAGAUACUAUGCACGGUCUCAAAGUAAUGAUGAUGAACCUAGUGUUAAACGUAAAAAAGCUGAUGUAACUGAUGAAGAUCUCAUUGAAUUAGAAGUAUAUGGUAGUGAAAUACAGACAUCUAUUUGUCUAGAAAGUUACAGUUUCGAAGUCUGUGAUAGUAUAAUAAAUAUUGGACCAUGUAGUCAAGCGUCUUUAGGAGAACCAGCGUAUAUUUCAGAUGAACUGAGUAAUGAUGAACAUGAUGUGGAACUAUUAUGUACAUCUGGUCAUGGAAAAAAUGGAGCGCUAAGUGUCCUUCAUCGUUCCAUCAAACCUCAACUUGUCACUACUUUUCAUUUGGAUGGCUACAAAGACAUGUGGACAGUGUACGGUGAAAAUGAUUUUCAUUCUUUUAUGAUAUUAACCAACUUGGAUUCAACUUUAGUACUACAAACUGGACAAGAAAUAAACGAAUUAGAUUCUUCAGGUUUUGCAACGCGAGAGCAUACGGUUUUUGUGUGCAAUAUGAAUAAAUAUGUCAUACAAGUUUUAAAUUACUCCGUGAAAUUGAUCAAGGGGUCAGAACAAGUUCAAAACGUUCCUUUAGAAUUUGGUUCUCCAAUCAUACAUGGAUCUAGCAGUAAUCCCUAUGCUGUAUUGUUAACCAGUGACGGACAGGUGAUAGUGCUGACUAUUAAAUCAACAGGAAGAAUUGUAGUCAUGCGACCCACCAACUUUGAUACAGUACCACCAACAAAAACGUUGACUGUGUAUCGUGAUGUAAGUGGCUUAUUUUCUAGUACAAUGCCUCAAGCUGAAAUCCCUGUGACAGGUCCAAAAUUAAAACAUGCUACUUUUGUAACUGAUUCUGUGGAAGACGAAGAAGAAAUGUUGUAUGGCGAUACAAGAGAUCCAUCCUCCAAUGAAACACCUCAUAAACCGGUUUCAAAUAAAAAUCUUAUGUGGUGGUUAAAGUUUAUAGAACAACCGAUACCAACAUAUUGGGUUGUUCUGACUAGAGAUAAUGGAUAUUUGGAAAUCUAUACAUUACCUGAUUUUAAAAUAAAAUAUAGAGCUGCUGACAUAGAUGAAUCACCUGCAGUUCUUAAAGACAGUUUAGAAGAAGGUUGUUAUUUUCCUAAAAGAACUGAGUUAAUAAAAGAAAUUUUGCUUGUGCCGCUUGGAUAUCAAGAUAAAAGGCCUUUAUUAUUUGUUAGAUUAGACAAUGAGGUAAAACAAAAACUAAUAAAAUAUUUGAUAGUUUAUUGAUUUCAUAAACUAAUUGUUUUUUUUCUUAGGUGGUUAUUUAUGGUAUACACAGACACCCAGAAGGUACAUUAAAGAUGCGAUUUCAUAAGCUUACUUCACUGUUAACAUUUCAGUCAAAAUCUGAUAACCGUCUGGAAGGCACUGCAUUGCUUCGUUAUUUCAACAGAGUUGCUGGCUACAAUGGCGUUUUUAUAUGUGGUCAAAAUCCUCAUUUAGUAUUACUCACUAUACGAGGUGAACUACGGUGUCAUCCAUUACACAUAGAUGGACCAAUUGUUUGUUUUGCACCUUUUCAUAAUAUUAACUGCUCACAGGGAUUCUUAUAUUUCAACUCUGAUAACAAAUUAAGAAUUUCCAUACUACCUACACAUUUAUCAUAUGAUGAACCUUGGCCAUUAAGAAAGGUAUAUUUCAUUUGUCUUAUUUAUUUUUUUUUUUUUAUUAAUACAAAUCAUACUAGAAGUUUGAAAAAUUGUUAUAUAAUGUAUAUAUCAUUUUUUAUUUUGCUUAUAUACAAUUUGUAUAAUUUCCCUAAAAUAAUAAGUAUUAAAAAUAACAUAUUUAAAUAUACUAUAUUUUAAAAUUAAAUGAAUAACAUUUUAUUUUUAAAGAAAUUAUCUAAAACGUAAUGAAUCUAUUAUAUUUUAAUUUUUCACUGAAAUUAUUGAAAUCCUAUAAGCCAUAAAUCAGAUAACCAUUUUAAUUACUAUAAUUUCCUAUUAUAAUUUACAAAUUAAAAUUGUAUUAAAUCACAAUAAACAAAUACUUAAGCAUAAUAAACUAUAUGAAAACCUAUUGAUUAUGCAUUAUUAUUAAAAUAUAAAUUGUUUUUCAUUAAAAACCUAUGUGUGUUAUUGGUACUUAAUAGUUUUAGAAAAAAUAAAAACAAAUUUUUACACACUUAUAGUAAUAAUUUUGAAAUAAGAAAUCGUUUUUAAUUGAGUAGAAAUAUUUAAAAUAUACAAAUAUUAUCUGUUGAAUGAUUUGUAUUAAAAAAAGAUCUUCUAUCAAAUUUAUUUUUAUUUUCAAUUCUGAUUGUUGGGUUUAAUGUUUUGAUUGUUAGCUAAUUUAUUUUAUUUUUAUAACAUUUUUAAAAUAUUUUUUUUCCAUUUUUUACCAAUUAUUAUAAAAACUACUUGUAAAAUUAAAAAAUAAAUUACUCUUUCAUCAUUUAGAUCAAAAAAGAUUUCUUCUGGUAGAAAAGUUGUUUACAAACAGAAAAACACACAUUGUUAAACUAAUAAAUUUCUUGCGCAUCUCAGAAUCUAAAUCAUAAAACCUGAAACGCAGAAUAAAAAUAAUUAAUUUCCAGCUGUAUUAUUAUUUAGCAUGUACUAAUCAAAUUAUCAUUAAAAAUUCAAUGUAAAUCAAUUUAUAUAUUAUUGAUCUCUUAAAUUUUUACUAAUAAAUAAAUGUUUAUGUUUAGGUUCCACUUCGUAAAACACCACAUUUUAUAGCUUACCAUUUAGAAACAAAAACAUAUUGUGUAGUUACAUCUUCGACAGAACCAUCUCCAUCAUAUUAUAAAUUCAAUGGAGAAGAUAAAGAACUGACUACUGAACAACGUGAUUCUCAUUUUCCACUACCCAAUUAUGAUGUGUUUACAUUAGAACUAUUUUCCCCUGCAUCUUGGGAACCGAUACCAGACACAAGUAUUCGAACAGAGGAUUGGGAAUUUAUAACAUGUUUGAAAAAUGUCGCUUUGGCCUAUGAAGGAGCUCGUAGUGGUCUCAAGGGUUAUAUAGCAAUGGGCACAAAUUACAAUUAUUCAGAAGAUAUCACAAGUAGAGGACGUAUAUUCUUAUUCGAUAUUAUCGAUGUUGUCCCAGAACCUGGUAAACCAUUGACUAAAAAUAAAAUAAAAAUGAUAUAUGCCAAAGAACAGAAAGGUCCUGUUACAGCUAUUACACAUGUUGUCGGAUUUUUAGUCACUGCUGUUGGUCAAAAAAUUUACAUUUGGCAGCUUAAAGACAACGACUUAAUUGGAAUAGCGUUUAUAGAUACUGAAGUUUAUGUCCAUCAGAUGUUGAGUAUUAAAAGUUUAAUAUUAGUCGCUGAUCUUUUCAAGUCCAUUACUCUCCUACGAUUUCAGGAAGAAUACCGUACAUUGUCUUUAGUUUGCCGAGAUUCUAAACCUCUCGAAGUAUAUGAUAUUAAUUUUCUUAUUGAUAAUACAGAACUAGGUUUUUUGUCAUCUGAUAAGUACCAAAAUUUAAUUCUCUAUCUUUACCAACCGAUGUCUCGUGAAAGUUAUGGUGGCCAACAUUUAAUUCGCCGUGGUGAUAUAAAUAUUGGAUCGAAUGUAAACUCAUUUUUCAGACUCCGCUGUAAACAAUCUACAUUGACAGCUGAAAGACGAGAAGCUCUUGGUUCUAAUAGGCGACAUGUUACUAUGUACGCUACAUUGGACGGUUCGAUUGGUUAUAUUGUACCAAUACAUGAAAAAAACUACAGGAGGUUAUUAACAUUGCAGAAUAUGUUGGUGCGGAAUCUUACACAUCUAGCUGGAUUAAACCCUAAAGCUUAUCGCUCUUUUAAGGCUACAGCUCCUAAUAGGAGGAACCCAGCUAAGAGAAUAAUUGAUGGUGAUCUUGUUUGGAUGUUUGUCACUUGUAUGAACUCUAGACAACGAAAUGAAAUUGCCAAUAAAGUUGGUGUUAAAGCAAUAGAGUUAUUACAAGAUAUAUAUGAACUAGAUAGAACCACUUGGCAUUUUUAAUGUUUCUACAUGGUAAUACUAUACUGUAAACCGGUUUUUAGUAUCUGGAACUUGUAGAAUUCGUUAAUUUGUGUUCUGAGCCAAAGUGUUUAUUGUUACUUUCAUUGAUAUAUCUUUGAAACAUAAAAUUGUUUUAUUAUUUGAUUAAACUAAGUAUUAUUUAAGUCUAUUUUCGUGCAUUAGAAAAAUGUACUUAUGUAUCUUAAUUGUAUAUUAUAUAUUUUUAUAUAUUAUAUUACUUUUUGUAUAUUUUCUGACUGAUGAAUUGAUAAUUACUUUAGUGCGCUUUUGAUGAUUACUUAUUUAGUGUUAAUAUAAUAUGUACUAAUAUAUGUAAGUUAUUAGGUUUCUACAAUUGUUUGAAGUUUUUAAAAAUUUUCCAUUGUCACUAUUAAACAGUAUCAAUAGAUUACCACAUUGUUCAUGAAAAAUAAUUUUGUUAAUGAUUCUUGUAAACUUCAAACAUAUUUAGAAAUUUAACAAUAUGAAUAAAUAUUUAGAAUAGCAACGUUUUAUUUCGAAACAUAUUUACAAAACUCCUAUCUUGGAUUUUUUUAAAAACAAUCUUCUCCUCUUGUUUCAUCCAACUAUUUAGAAUUAGCCAACAAAACAAUAUUUUAAACAAUUUUUAUUUAUUCUUUUUAGUUUAAAAUAUAUAUAUAUAUUACAUAUAUUGAGAGAAUAAAAGUUAUUGCAUUUGUCAGAUCUCCAUAGUACACUUAGUAUAUACAUUAUAUUAUAUUUGUUACUUAUACACUGCCUACAUAAUUAAUAGAAGUACUCUAUAGAUACAUAAUUAUAAAAAUAAUGUUAAAAAAUUAUCAAUAAGUCAUACAUAUUAAUUAUUACAUUCAAUUAAAAUAAUUUUUCAGUAUUAAUGUAUAGAUGUAAAUUUAUCAAUAACAUCUUUAAUAUUAAGUUUUAAGCAUCAAAUAGUUCUUCUCCAAGGUUAAGUCUAUCUCUAUACCAAAAUUUAUCAAAAUCUGUGCAGCAGGUAGUUUUUGCGUGUAAGAGUACCUACCUAACGGACAUCCAUAAAUCCUCACAAACUUUGACAUUUUGACAUUUAUAGUAUUAGUAGGAUAUAUAUUUAUCAGGUAUAAUUGUAUAAGUAAUCUGUAUAUUCUUAACUACUCGAAGAGUAUAAUUCUGUACAUAUAAUUUAUUGUCAUCAUUGCAUAGGUAGGUAAUUAUAAUUGUAUCAAAUUCUAAAUUUUAUUUGUCCUAAACUAAAAUCUCUAAUUUAAAAUGCUUGCAUAGGUAAAUAGGUACCUAUUUAUAACUGGGCCAAAAUAGGCAUGUAAGUAAAUGUUAAUAUGAUAAAUCAAUUUUUUUUUUUUAGAUAAUCUAUUGAUUGUAGGUGCCUACAUUUUUCAUACUGUAGACCAUUGGAGUUGGGAUGAUAGGUAUAAGGAAAUAAUAGACAUCAACCUAGGACCUAGCCACCUAGGUAGCAAAGUAAACCUACCAACAGCCCUAUAAAGAAUAUUUUUAUUUUGUAUUCAGAAUACGCAUUUGAACUAAUGAGUUAACAAGUAUUUAGAAUAACAUAUUUAAUUAUUUCAGCAUUUAUUUAAAUAUAGAUAUAUUUUUUAGUUGGAUUUUUAUUACCGAUCAUAUUAUUUUUUUUUUAGAAAAAACCAAAUAAUUAUUACAGCACCUGUUUAAUGCAUAAAUAAUUCAUAUUUUUAUUAUAUUAAUACAUAAAUAAUUAUAUAAAUCUAUUUUUAUUAAAUUUACAUAAGUAUAUCUAUUAUAUUUGAUCUUCAUAACUUUCUCAAAAUUUGCGUCUAUCAUUCUUCAUUGUUUCUUUGUCAAAACUGCACUGAAAAAUAAGUUAACAUUUCAUUUUUAAAAAAAAUUAUUGGAAUUUGGUUUUUAGUCCAAAGAGAAAAGAAAUAGUUUAAUAAAUCAUCAGAUGCAUUGUUUAUAGAAUUUACUUCUUGAUCACAGCCACUUUUCUCAUUGGAAGGUCUAGGAGAAUUUUUGGAAAAUUCAAUAACAACUUGUUUAAACUGAUUAAUAGGUAUUUAUUUUUUAACAUCAUUUAAUAUUCAUUCAGUUUUAAAGAAAGGUUAAGAUAUGGCUAUAAUUAUUAAAAAUAUAUCUGUUUGCUAAAUUUCAAAUCUUUUUUCUAUAUUGGAAUAAAUUAUGUUCACUAUCAAUCUACAAAACAUGUAUUUUUGAUUAAUUUGUAUGCUGCCGUAUUGUUUAAUAAGUCUAGAAAUAGAUGGUACUAGAUAACCAAAGUAUUAAAGUAAUAAAAUACUUUUUUUUGAAUAGGUAUGUAGUUUACAAGAUAAGUUCGCGUGAGAUUUAAGACGAUAUAGUUUUACAUUUCUUUUUAGUACUUAGUCGAAAUUCAUAAUUAAUGUGGUAUUAUUUUACUAAAACGGUCUGUUUUUUUUUUUUUAAAAAAAACCAACUUAUCGGCUCAUAAUGGGAAAAAAGUUUUUACUAAUUAAAAAAAAAAUGUUUCAAAAUCAACCAGCGAAGAUGCUUUUGUAAAAUCUAUUUAGUUAAUUAAAACCCAAAAAUGUUGUAAGUAUACCUGGGUACUUAAGUAGUACUUAGAUACUUUACAAAAAUGCAUAUGUUUGGUAAAUGGGAUUUUCUUCUUUUUGAACUGUAUUGCUUUUAACAAUGUUAUUCAAUAAUAUUUUGAUAAUUAUUUGUAGUUAUUUAACUCAGAAAUUUUUCUGGAUAAUUUUAUUUUUCCUAAAUCAAAUAUUUAUAGUUCAUACCCUUUUUGGUAAGAUUAGUGGGUACUGCAUUCGUGAUAGUCAAAAAUUAUUACAACUAAAAUUAAAAAAGCAGUACAAACUAAUUCAACCAUUUAUAUAUUUUUUCUUUUUUUUAAAAACAUAAAAACAAAUUAUAAACACCAUUGUUUAACCACGUAUCUAUGUAUUUUAUUAAUAAAAAUCACUUUUUUUUAAAUUACGUUUCAUUCUUAGGAAUCUAAAUAGUAAUGUGAUCAGCAAACAAACUAUAAACCGAUGUCUGAUAUGAUUAAUGGAUCAUAACUUAGUCCGCGUGUUACAUACAAUUUAAAUAUUAACAGUACCUUAUUUACGAAUCUAGAAAUAAAAUAGUAAAUUCUAAAAUAUAAAAGCUAACCAAUCAAAUAAGUUAGUAACAAACUCAUUGAAAUAUGUUUCUUUUGCGCAAUUACAAAUUAUAAAAUAAUGAUUGACAUUCAAUUAUAAACAUGUAAAUAUUGCUUACUGUUAGGUCUAAGGUUACUAGAUUCAUACCUACGCAAUAUACAUGCCGUUAAAUAAAUUUACUAAACGAAUAAUCAGUAAACUACACAACGUAUUUUACUGCAUUUUUGUCUAGAAUUUAUCAUUUACUGCUUAUUUUUCUAAUAUUCCUUAGACACUCUACGUAUUUAAAUCUCAUUUAGAGGAUCUAAAUGAUGUUUUACUGCAUUUUAACCCAGACAAAUCUAUGUAAAAUAGCCUAAUAAACGAUUGGCAUUCUACAAUAAUUUCAUUUAUGAAAAAUUCCAGUAACGCACAGAAGAAUUUUGAGUGUAGUUGCAGUACUUGGUCACCUGUCCGGACGCCACUGUAUGCACGGUGUAAGGUUUUCACGAUAGCUUGUUUUGUCUGAUUUCAGAGAGAAUAUAGUCAGGGCUACGAUCCCUGGUUACCGCGGGAAAACUGGGAUCAGUUCGAUCCACACCUGGUGUCCGAGGGAGCGUUUGCCGCCGCCAUGAUAUUCAGGUAUUUAUAUACGUCCUACUACACGUCCGUGAUUAUCGUAAUCGUCGCUUUUCACCAUAGACGUUUUAAAUUUUACAUUUUAAACGUUCAUUUGUAGAAUACAAAAAAGAAAUAGUGUUAAAUCUUUGCUAACAUCAAAGUAGGUAAAUUCGAAAUACCGAAAUUCGAUUACUACCAAAAGGCACUAUUUGAAUGUCGUGACAAUAAUGAAUAACGAGUAUUUAGAUUCUAGAUAAUUUUUUAUUAAUUUUUUUUUUACGGAACACUAUAUAUUAAAACUAUAUAAAAAUGAAAACGUAAAAACGACAUUUUCUUAGGAGAAAAAAACACAUACUUUGCUCAAGGGAUGGGCCACUGUUUUAAAUGAACAGUUGGGAAGAUAGAGGGAAAAUUUAAUAUAUAUUUGUACUCAAAGAUUAACCAUUGUUAAUGAAAAACGAUUCUGGGCGGUGUUCAGUUAUACAUGUUUUGAAAGGCCGUAAUAUUUAAGAUUUUAAAACAAUAUAUUUCUUACAUUUUCCCGUUUUUCCCCGGUUUUUCCAUUUAUUAUAAAAACUCAUGGGAAAAUCAAAAAAUAACCUCCCGAAAGUACCACACCAGCCAAAUUUCCUAUCGGAAAAGGUGCUAUACUACUAGAAAACCAGAGCAAAUUUUCUGAUAGAAAAGUUGUUAACAGAAAAAAAAAACAUAAUUUUAAAAUAUUUCUUUCUCCGCUCAGAAUCUAAAAUAAACACAUUAUUACUUGUAGUUUUCAAGGAAAUAUUUGUUCGCGAUCUUUUGGAAGUGGAGUGGAGAAUUUUUUAAGAAAGUUUUCUAUAUCUAAAUGUACACAAAGUUAAGCAGGAGCGUCCUUAGACCAAUAUGUGCCCCCCCCCCCCCGGGUGCAAAUUAAAGGUUUAAACUCAGUCUUUGCAUACACCUAAUCUUAAAUUACUUAUGAAUUGCUUUUAUAUUAAACUAGCUGUCUCGUACUGCCCGUGCUAAUUUUUUAUUAUUUUUAUCUUUAUUCCUGUUUUGUCCGUAUCAGUAUAUUGAGCUAAAAAAAAAAAAAAAAAUGGGUGGAAAUUGGGUAGUCCGGGGACUAAAAGUGUUCCAGUGUAUCGUACACUUUUUCAUUUGUGUUACCAUAAAUACCCGCACAACAAAGGGAUAUUACUAUAUAUCCACUACAAUAACCCUAAAAUUAUGUGGACGUAAUAGUACUGUAGUGUUGUUACUAAACCGAAAAAUACAAAGAUUCAGAGAUGACAUUUUACAUGUUUUCACUUUUCACUUACGCACCCAGUACAGCGCAUAGUUUUUUUGUUUUUUUUUUUUCAUUCAUGUUACUAAGGUAACCCGUCCUAUUUCAAGCCAAUAAUAGACCGGUAUACAGUUAGAUAGACUUUUUAUUUUAAGUUAUUAUAGGUAGUUAUGGCAUUUUUAUUUCUGUUUAUCUUUCUUUUUUUUUUCAAUUUUAUCCUUGUUACUAUAGUAAUCAAUAAUUCAACAAAAAUAAUUUAAUUUUCGCGCCAAAAGUACCAAAAAAUCUUUCAUCCCCUAUUUCAUCUCCAAAAACCCAUCUAUCUCUAUACCGAAAUUUAUCGAAAUCGGUUCAGCGGUUUAGGCGUGAAAAUAUAACAGACAGACUUACUUUCACAUUUAUAUUAUCAUUUACUUGACGCGCAUCAUUAUAAUUUGGCCAAUUUACUCAAUAUCGUAAUAAAUUAUAGUCUACAAUAUGCUUUUCUGAUGUAUAAACAAUAAUACUGUAAAGUUUCAUCAAAAUCCGUUCAGCAGUUUUUGCGUGAAAGAAUCGCAAACAUCAAUCCAUCCACACAUCCUCGCGAACUUUCACAUUUAUAAUAUUAAGUAGGAUAUGCAUAAAAGCCUAUGUUAUAGGCAAUUUUAACUACAUGUUAAAUAUUGAAACAAUACAAUUUAAUGUAAAAAUAUUGAAACGUAACUAGGUAUUUAUUUUAUUAUUGUUCUGUAGAUAAUCUAAUAAUGGCUAUGUUGCAAUAGGUAUACUCGUUAUUAAUGAAUGCGAAUUCAUUAGUAAUAUAUACAUUGCACCUGAGGUGCAACUAGGAUUUGUUGAAAUGGUGUGUCACGUGUAUACCAACAUUGAAAAAAAAAAACAUGUUUUUAAUACUCUUCAAAAAAUUUAGAAUACUUCAACGCAUAUAGGGGGGGGGUGGUUGCCCAGACUCCCAAAAUACCCUCCUCCGAUCGCAACAAUGCACUGUACAUAAUGUAUACUUUUGUGGUGUAUGAUACUAAAUACAAUUAUACAAUAAUGCAAUUUACAUUAAUUUCUAUUUCCUGUGUACAUGUGCCAACGUUAGUUAUGAUUGUCACACAUGGCUUUCAAUCCAAGUUUUCAAUAUGAUAAAUAUUAAAUAAAAAGCAAGUAAUAAGUUAAAAGUACAAAUUUACAAAUUACAAUAAUCAAACAUAUAUUUUUAUGGAAAAGAAGCAGACAAAUAAAAAAUAUAAAACGAAUCAAAUAAAAGCUACAAGGUAUGGGAGGGAGGAUGAUUGCCCUUGCGUUCCUCCUGAAGACGCUCCUGCAGUGAAGUUUAUUAGAUACACAGAAUAAUACGAUUUUGCUUAAUGUGUGUCCUCUAGAAAAUAAAUGGUAAAUUAUUGAAUUAGAGUAAAUUGUAAAAAGAAAAUACUCCCACUGUUUGGGGAAAGGGUACUGGGGUAAGUCUAAAGGUUAAGGGAAAGGGAUGGUUUGUCUGCUAGUGGAGCUUUUUUAAUGGAUGGAUUCGCAAUAGACAUUCAUCAAAAGCAACCUGAAGUGAAGGUGCAGCCUGUUACUAAAAGUACUUGACCUACUGCAAAACUGCUCUUGUAUAUACCUACCCGUUUAGCGUCGAUCGUUUUUUAAUAAAAAAAAAAUAAUAAAACCCGGUACCAUGUGAGUUCGCGAUCAUAGAAAAAUACCCACCCAGUAUGAUCGACGGUCGAUGUCCAAGGACUAUAAUAUUACGAUAAUAUAAUUUUUUUAAAUAUUUUAAUCGUUUGCUGUAUGGCUUCUGAGGUUAUAAUUAUAUAUAUAUAUAUAUCUACUAUAAUGACGUCUUGCCGACGACGUUUUAUAGUUUCUUGAAGCUCGUGCACAUAUUCAGCGUGAACCCUCACCUGGGACCGCUUCAGAUAUCGUUGGGCCGGAUGAUCAUUGACAUCAUUAAGUUCUUCUUCAUUUACACGCUGGUGCUGUGCGCAUUUGGAUGCGGUAAUUGUUAUUAUUAUUAAAUAUUAUUAUAGGAGCCGUUGUCGAUAAGUAGAUUUGUGAACAUAAUGCACUAAAAAGAUUUGAAAUAAGAAAUUGCAAAUGUACAUAAAAAAAAAAAAAAAACAUCUUUGGGAAGCAUAGUUUAUGUAUUGCAUUCGUGUCAAAAACGAGAAUUUCGGGGGUUUUAACUUUCAAACACCGCCGUACCGUUUUGUGUGCCGAAUUUCACCAUUUUGUUUGGCGGUGUAUUGUACACAGAUAUACGUAAUAUUCAUCAGCUAAUCAGACGUUGUCGUUUUGUUUUUCGGGCCGCUUACAAACAGGUCUAAAUCAAUUGUUGUGGUAUUACGCGGACUUGGAGUCGAAAAAAUGUUACCACGACGGAAGCGGCGUGCCCGAUUUUGACAAAGAGGACAAGGCGUGCACGACGUGGAGACGAUUCGCCAAGUUCGCAUAUUUUAAUAUAUUUUACAUUUUUAAAUAUGAAUGUAUUUUAUAAAACAUGUACGAAUUUAAAUACGUAGUUCACAAUUACAAAAUUACAGUAUAGGUACACCGUACACAUUCUUUGAUUCCUAACAGCCCCCCCCCCUAGUUCCUCAUACAUAUUAUAAUAUCGUAUGUACAGGUACGCUUCAUAAUUUUCCAUUCAUACCACGAUCUAUGCCCUGUGCUGGCGACGACGAUUUAUUAUAAUCGUAUGUAUACCUUCUUAUCAUCAUUAUUGACUCGUAAAAACGAGACAUCAGUGAGCAUUUGUCAACAAUAUAUAAAUAUCAUAUUAUGGUAAAAUAAUCGCAUAGGCGUCAUUUCUCCACGCAUACAUUAUAGUUUGUUUGAUUUAUAUAUUUAUACACAAUUAGUUAUAAAUAAUUUGACUUUUAACAAACAAAUCUAUAAUAAUAAUUAUUUAUUUAAUUUAACUUAUUUUUUUAAUAUUACGAGUAUGUACAUGCAGCCUACAAGUUCCAUCAAGGUGUCAAAAGGUUCUAAAAAUAAUUUUAGUAAGAUUUUAUGUGUGAGGUUAAUAAAUUAAUUUUACUUUUAUUAUAAAAAAAACUAUCGUGAAAUAUACCAGGGGGCGGGGGUAAAUAAUCCUGGCUACACCGGAAUCGUUGUAAUUCGUAAGUACGUUAUAAGUACCUUUACUUGCAUAGUAUCAGUCGAUAAAGUUAUAGGUAUAAUCAUAUAUACUUAUAAUUAUUUUAUGUUUAUAACGAAAUAUAUUUAGAAAAUAAUAACAAAAAAAAAAAAUGAAUAAUGUGAAUAAUUUUAAUAACACCUGUAUUAAAAAAAUAACAUUAAAUUGUAAAAAUAGCUUUUGAUCGAAAAAUGAUUGAAAAAUCAAUUUUUCCACAGUAUAUUCGAAACGUCUCAGUCGCUAUUUUGGGCCGGUUUCGGUCUUGUCGAUUUGAUGGCAUUUGAUCUGACCGGAAUCAAGAGCUUUACAAGGUUUUGGGGUUUGCUGCUGUUCGGAUCGUAUUCGGUGAUCAACAUAAUCGUUUUGCUUAACAUGCUCAUCGCCAUGAUGUCCAAUUCGUAUCAAAUAAUUUCGGUAAGUUUAACGAUAACAUUUUUGAUUAAUAUUCUUCUAAUCAUGCCGAUAUAUUAUGCACGCCACUGACGUUGGUAUUUUUCCGAACAAUAGGAACGGUCCGACAUGGAAUGGAAGUUUGCACGGAGCUCGUUGUGGAUAUCGUACUUUGAGGACGGCGACACGGUACCGGCUCCUUUCAACCUGUUCCCGUCGUUGAAGAACAUCAAACGCAUGAUUGGCCUGGAGAAGACGAAACGGACGUCCGGAUCGAUGAUUGUAACAUUAUGUUCGUAUUCGAUAACUCUGAUACUAAUUUUUAACGCGACGCAUCUGAUUUCAGUUUAAGUCCAGGGAGAAGGCGAUGGCUCGGCACGACAUCGUCAUGCGGUUGUUGGUGAGACGUUACGUGACCGCGGAACAACGCAAGAGCGAAGAGUUCGGCAUCACAGAGGACGACGUGAUGGAAAUACGACAAGACAUAUCGUCGAUGAGGUUCGAAAUGAUCGACAUAUUCAAACGGAACGGGUACAAAACACCAGCCAAGGAACACGAUCCUUCUGUCGGUAAGAACACCUGUUCAAUUAGAUUAGGGGGAAUUUGCAUUCCCACAAUCGCUCCUUUACCGUUAAACACGGUGCUAGUGUACUAUCAGAUUGGGCAAAUUUGUACAGAGUUAUCCAUUUAAGUUAUGUCUCUCAAUUACCUCUAGUUUUAAUCUGAAUUAAUACUGUUUUUCGUCGCUAUUAUUUGUGGGUAUGAAACGAAUACCUACAGUUAAUUUUCAAAUAUCAACCUAUAUUCAAAAUUGUAACCAUGACGACGAUAGUGAACGGACUGGGCAAACUGCAGCGUAUUCUGUUUUACUAAUAUAUUAAUUACACUUACUCAAAAGUUUUGUUUCAAUACUUUGUACGGGCGUCGCAACACAUAAAUUCGUGCGAAAAUACAUGUUACAAUAAUAGUACGGCCACCUCGGAACCACAAAUCAACAAAAAUACUAAAAAAUCCGUGUCAUCAACCCCUUUAGUUAGUAGUACUUUAUGUAUUUUUCCAAGGUACAAUCUAUUUUCAUAUCAAAUUUUAUCAAAAUCGGUUUAGUCGUUAAACUGUGAAAACGUAAAAAAACUUUUGUAUAUAUUUUAUUAAUUAUAGUAAGGAUUUAGAACUACCAAUGGCGUACUUAUGUCGGAAUUAUAUUCACUGUGGGCAAAUUCACCACUAGACAUUUAUUAGGGGAAGGGAGCGUUAUUACUAUGACACUAUGACAUAUGCAAUACAAAUAGAUAGGUUAAUUAGGCAUACAUCUCCGAGUUGAUUAAUCAAAAAUGUUUUUAGUCGACCUACAGUGUUAACAAUUGCUGUUGUUACAAGUGUGGUAUACAAUAUUUUCAAUAAAUUUUCCUACAAUUUUCUCAGUUUAGAAAUUCGUAGUUGGUGUAUUUUUUUAAAUCUUCGGUAGCUUAUAUUGGACCAGAUACUUCAGUAAUACAUUGUGCAUAUGCAUGUUUUAUUGAACCUGUAAUUUCACUUUGGGUCCAAGUUUCCCCUUUGAAGCAUUUGAAGCACUGAAAAAUACCUAUUCCUUGUUAAAAUUUUAAUGAUACCGUGUGUUUUAUGCAUUAGCCCAAGGGAAGAAGGGUCGGGUGAUGGAACGUCGGUUGCUGAAAGACUUCCAGAUCGGCCUGGUGGAAGGGCUCAUACAGGAUGCGAUCUCGUCAAACGAGAAGGGACCGAAGGACGUGUUCAGCAAGAUCGCCAAAGCCAUCGGUCGGCGGACCAGUCAAGGAAGCAAGAAGAAAGACUGGAACGCGAUGGUCCGGCAGAAGAGUUUGGUCAGGGACCCGAUCGGCAGCACGGCAGAGGGCGCAGAAAGGCGUCAUCGGCAGAGCGUCCGCAGGUAUAUACUGGACCACCAGAAGGACGCGCUGAUGGACGCGAACAAGCUGAUCGAGUACAACCCGCUGCUGGCCGAAAUAACGCCGAUGGCCAGGUUGGCGUACGCCAAGUUCAAGAUACCGAAGAUCAAGCAAGAGUACGCAGAGGAAAACACCGUUGGCGCGGAUGAGGUGUUCGAGAACGCGCCCGCCGUGAACGUGAUCGACGAGACCAGCAAGACAAAGUCUUCGAUAGUGAGACCGAGGCCGAAGAGCACACGAAAGUCGCCUUUGGCUGCCGGCGCUUUGCCCUAUCCGUCAUCGCCGUCGUCGUCUUCACCUGCAGGCAGCACUAAGAGGACCGACGCUACCGAUCCCGGUGGAGUGUCCGGUCCACAGCAACCCGCAGGCUCCAGUAACCAAGUCCAGAGUACCGGUGCCGCCGGGGAGAAACUCGAAGACAUCAAAAAUCAGUCGGUCGCGCCUGCAGAGACGAACACGGGUGGUCGGCCCGACUCGGUGAACAGACGAAAGCCGGCGCCGGACAUACCCCGGGAAUCGGCUGCUGCGGACGCCGCCGGUAAGCCGGGACCUUCCAAGGAAUCGGCGCUUAAAGAAGCUGGAGACGCGAACAAGGCGGAAGGAUCGGGAGACGGGGACAAGACUACGGGCCCGGAAGGAGACAAGGGCUCGGGCGGGGACAAGGCAAAGGAAUCAGACAGGGACAAGGCGGCGGGCUCGGACAAGACGAAGGGACCGGACGCGGACAAGACUAAAGACCCGGGCAAAGACAAAGACGUCAAACACUUGAAACCGGAAUCUCCGAAACGCACUGCUAGUCCGAGGAAACAGGGCGGUAAGUCAAAAGUCACAGGGGAAAUAUUAACCGGUUGGCUGUGAGCGGCGCAUGGUUUGUGCGGACCAUGUUCUUCUUAUUCUGUAGCGAAACCAAUGCCCGAAAUCACCGAAAAACAACAUUAUAAUAAAACCGUUGCGACGUGCAUGCAGAGUAUAAUUGAUGUGUAUUACGAUAAAGAUUUAGUGAUUUAAAUCGGUUUUGAAUAAUUAGUAUAAGUAUACUGUCGGUAUGAU